AUGGAUCCCAAGCACAGAGCCAUCAUAAACUCCAUCCGCGACCGCCUCCUAGAAACCAUCGACAUAGAAGUCCGACUCCAGACCCUGACCCUACGCGCGCGAGGCACAUCAGCAUGGUGGCACCUGGGCGCAGGCGCGAACGGCCGGGGGCAAAUCCCGCCAAGCGACCUCGAGACAGCGACCUCAGCCGCCUCGACAGUGCUACGAAACAUCGAUCUGCAAGAGACAUUCGAGGACGACGCAGACCUCCACCUCGCGCGCGCGACGAAGGCAGGCGUAGAAUACCUAGCCUCGCUCGCCGCGGCCCUCGGGGAGAUCCACGCGAGCCUGCGCGCGCUGCACGAAGCGCAGACGCAGAAGGACCGGCGCGGCUACGACGUCGCCUUCGAGAACUACGUGCGCCAUUCGCAGGAUGCCGUGGUCGGCGCGUAUAAGGGGAAGGCCGGCGGGAACAAGUCCCCGCUGAGCCGGGUCUGGAACGCCGAGGACGUCACGCUGGCUGAGCGCGUCGAGGCCGGGGGCGAGGUCUCGUGGGACGAAUAUAUUGAGAACUCUCUUGUCGAGGGCGAUCCGAUGGAGGUGGAUGAGGGUUAG